UAUUCAAAGUCAAGUCUACCUUCUUUCAGUCAAGCUGAAUAAUGAAGAAACACUGUACAUUUCUCCUUUCCCUUUUUUAUAUACACAUACGCUUCUCUUUUUUUUCCAUUUUCUUCUAUACCUUCACCUCUAUGAUCUCACUCUUCUAUUAGUAAUAAUAAUUUUCUUCCCCUUUCUCAUUGAAACUCUAAUUCUCCCCUUUAAUAUCUUCAUAGUUCACACUUAUUAAUUUUAUUCUGUUUUCGUAAAAAGAUUUCAAACUCGAGAUAGAUACAAUUGGUGCAUGAGUGUACAUGGUAAGCAUAGUCAUGGAAAAUAGUAACGGAGGGUCUAGUUCAGCUCCUGCACCUUUUCUGUCAAAGACGUAUGAGUUGGUUGAUGAUGCAUAUACAAAUCCUGUUGUUUCUUGGAGCCAUAAUGGUCGUAGUUUUGUUGUCUGGAAUCCCCCUGAGUUUGCUAGAGAUUUGCUUCCCAAGUACUUUAAACACAAUAAUUUCUCCAGUUUUAUAAGACAGCUUAAUACUUAUGGGUUCAGAAAAGUUGAUCCUGAACAAUGGGAGUUUGCAAAUGAGGAGUUUAUAAGAGGACAGAGACAUUUGCUGAAGAAUAUCUAUAGACGAAAGCCGAUCCACAGCCACUCUGCAUCAGGACAAUCUGUUCCUCCAUUGACAGAUACGGAGAGACAGGAAUAUGAAGACGAAAUCGAGAGGCUCAAGAGAGAAAAUAGGUUGCUUCAGUCAUCUGCUGAGAAUCAAGAGAAAUUCAAUCAAGAAUAUGAAAUUGGAAUUAAGUCUGUGGAACAACGUUUACAAAACGUUGCUCAUAGACAAGGGAAAUUGAUUUCCCUGUUGACUCAAUUACUACAAAGGCCUGAGUUUUCGUCUGAUUUAAUUCAAUGUACUAAUAGUAACAGCAAGAAGAGACGGUUGUUAGUGUCGAAUUACUUAACUGAGGAGGAAAAUGCAACUACUAACUCCGUUGUUGCACCAAAGUUGGAUUUGGAGAUGGUUAAAAAGUUGGAUUCUUCGAUCAAUUUUUGGGAGCAUUUUCUUUAUGGAAUUCGGAUGAAUCCAACAGAAGAUCAAAUAUGUGAUUUCGAACACCCACAACCAUUGCCUCCACAAAUUGUUAUACGCGAAAUGGAUACUUCAUCUGAUGAUUCUGGCAAAAGAAACUCGCCUAUCACUCACUCACCAUCGCCUUCAAGGGACAUACAAUCCUCGCCUGAAUUCGGAGGAGGACCAUUGAGUCCUGUCAUAUCAUCAAUUUACGUCAAUUUAGAAUGUCAACUCAAGCCAUCUGAUCAGACUAAUUUGGUCAUUAAUGCAACAGAAAGUCAAGUUGAGGGUAACGCCACUAAAGCAUCUGAAUCAGUGCCAAACUCAGGCAAUGAUGUUUUUUGGGAACAGUUCCUAACAGAGAGGCCUGGUUGCACUGAGCCACAACAAGUCGAGAACAAAGACAUCAACGGAUUAACAUGUGAUAGCAGGUUAGUUGAAGACCACAGAUAUUGGUGGAACCGCGGGUUUAAUGUAGAAAAUCUUGCUGAACGAAUGGGACAUCUUAGUAGUCCAGCAACAACAGGAAGUUGAGUUGAUUCAAUGUUUACUUUGAUGACAUGUAUGUCAAUUGAUGUAUUUUGUUUGCUUCCAAUUUUGAUUAUUAGAUGUCACACAGGAGCACUUUUGCUGGUUUGUUGUGUAAUGUAAUAAAUAACAGAUAAGAGUUCCUAGUUAUGAGAUCACUCACUAGAAGUUAGUAAAGUAGUGUAUUAAUUAGCAUUUUUUCUGGAACUUUUGGUGUAGACUUUACUGAUAAUUUAUUAAAGUUCUAGCAAGAUAUUUAUCUA